AUGGAGAUCCGGUCGUACACUUGGCCACUGGGCAAUUCGCCCGUCUCGUGCAAGAUGGUGGGCUCGUUGCAGGCCGUUUCCAUUUUCGUGUCCACACUGUCCAUCACGGCCAUCGCCCUCGACCGUUACCAGCUGAUCGUCUACCCGACUAAAAAAAGUUUUCAGCUGACAGGUGCCUUGCUGGCCCUGGGCGGUAUCUGGAUCCUGGGCGUCGUCCUGGCCCUGCCGUUCUUCAUCGUCCGCACGCUCCAGCACCACGACAUCCCCAUCCCCAAUUUGCCCAUCAGCUCCGUCGACUAUUGCCUGGAAGAGUGGCCCAACGAGCGCGGCCGCUCUCUUUACUCCAUCGGCAGCAUCUUGAUCCAGUACGCCCUGCCCAUCAUCACCGUUCCAGUGGCUCACGCCCGCAUCUGCAACAAACUCCAAAAUUCAGCCGUGAUGACGGCUAAAGAUUCGGCUGUAACGGCCGACGGGCGGCUGCCUGCCAAGAUAAAACUCCGUAAAACCAACACGCUCCUAGUGGCCAUCGCCAUCAUCUUCACCAUUUGCUGGCUCCCGAUGAACACGUUCAAUGUCGUCGUAGACACGUGGAACGUCUUUGGCGACGACACGGAGACGAUGCUGAUCGUCUACGCCGUUUGCCACAUGGUCGGCAUGUCCUCGGCCUGCGCCAAUCCGCUGCUGUACGGUUGGCUGAACGACAAUUUCCGCAAAGAGUUUCACAAAAUCGGGACUUCGUUCGUAGCCAGGAGCAAGAACAACAGGGCGACGACGCAGAGCAUGAGGCAAAGGGCCAAGAUGGUCGUCCAGCAGCAGACGGCAACCGGCAACCGGCCCAACUCCAAAGCGGUGGGGCUGCACAAAGCGGUUACAACAAUUAAGAAAUCUUUAUCAACAACUUUCUUCUUCUUAGCCGCCAAGCGGGUACCAGACUUCGUUACAAAUUCCGCGCUGUGUUUGUUGAGCUCAGUCAAAGAUACGUUGGAAUAA